GGUUCUGCUAGGUGGGUCGGUUAAGGCUCGUUGGGGACGCGCCUUGGCCUCCCUCGCUCGCCGACCGUCUCCCUGUCGCUUCUGAGCCUGGGCCGCCCAGCCGGCCGGGAGGAGUUAACUUUCUGCGGGGUGAACUCGAGCCAGGCCCCCGAGGCGACCCUGGGUGCCCCACCGCGCUGCGCCAGCCCAGGCCUGCGGACGGGCGGCAUCUUCUCCCCGCCGGGAGGACGCCGUGGGGCCCGGCUCAGCGCACGGUCAGCUCCAUCCGAGCCUGAGCGCCGCGGCGGCGCCUGUGUCCGCGCUAAGGAAACGGAGACCGUGACCCCUCCUUAGUCUCCCACCCCCGGCCGUUGGGGGCAGGCCCCGCUGAUGAUGGACUGUGCCAGGUGCUCCUAAUGGAAGGAAUUGUCGGUUCCGUUUAAGGCCCAGCUUCUGCUGCAGAUUUCCUUCCGAUGGCUGACUCUAAACCACUCUGCUCCCGUGACGGGGACCCCAUGGCUGCAGAAGCCUUGCUCCGGGAUGUGUUUGGGAUUAUUGUGGAUGAGGUCAUUCGAAAAGGGACCAGUGCCUCGGAGAAGGUCUGCGAGUGGAAGGAGCCCGAGGAGCUGAAGCAGCUGCUGGACCUGGAGCUGCGCAACCAGGGCGAGGCGUCGGAGCAGAUCCUGGCGCGCUGCCGGGCCGUCAUCCGCUACAGCGUCAAGACCUGCCACCCGCGCUUCUUCAACCAGCUCUUCUCGGGGUGGGACCCGCACGCGCUGGCGGGGCGCAUCGUCACCGAGAGCCUCAACACCAGCCAGUACACGUAUGAAAUCGCCCCCGUGUUUGUGCUCAUGGAAGAGGAGGUGCUGAAGAAGCUCCGGGCCCUGGUGGGCUGGAGCUCCGGGGACGGGGUCUUCUGUCCGGGUGGCUCCAUCUCCAACAUGUAUGCUGUGAACCUGGCCCGCUAUCAGCGCUACCCGGACUGCAAGCAGAGGGGCCUGCGGGCCCUGCCGCCCCUGGCACUCUUCACGUCGAAGGAGUGUCAUUACUCCAUCAAGAAGGGAGCUGCUUUUCUGGGACUCGGCACUGACAGUGUGCGAAUAGUCAAGACAGAUGAGAGAGGAAAAAUGAUUCCUGAGGAUCUGGAGAGGCAGAUCGGUCUGGCCGAAGCUGAGGGUGCUGUGCCAUUCCUGGUUAGUGCCACCUCUGGCACUACUGUGCUAGGGGCCUUUGACCCCCUGGAGGCAAUCGCUGACGUGUGCCAGCGUCAUGGGCUGUGGCUCCAUGUGGAUGCUGCCUGGGGUGGGAGCGUCCUGUUGUCACAGACACAUAGACAUCUCCUGGAUGGGAUCCAGAGGGCUGACUCGGUGGCCUGGAACCCCCACAAGCUGCUCACAGCGGGCCUGCAGUGUUCAGCUCUUCUUCUCCGGGACACCUCGAACCUGCUUAGGCGCUGCCACGGGUCCCAGGCCAGCUACCUCUUCCAGCAGGACAAGUUCUACGACGUGGCUCUGGACACUGGAGACAAGGUGGUGCAGUGUGGCCGCCGGGUGGACUGUCUGAAGCUGUGGCUCAUGUGGAAGGCGCAGGGCGGGCAAGGGCUGGAGCGGCGUGUCGACCAGGCCUUUGCCCUUGCCUGGUACCUGGUGGAGGAAUUGAAGAAGCGAGAAGGAUUUGAGUUGGUCAUGGAGCCCGAGUUUGUCAAUGUGUGUUUCUGGUUCGUGCCCCCCAGCCUGCGGGGGAGGCAGAAGUGCCCGGAUUACAGUGAAAGGCUGGCCAAGGUGGCCCCAGUGCUCAAGGAGCGCAUGGUGAAGGCGGGCUCCAUGAUGAUUGGCUACCAGCCCCACGGGACCCGGGGCAACUUUUUCCGCAUGGUUGUGGCCAACCCCGCGCUGACCCGGGCUGAUAUGGACUUCCUUCUCAACGAGCUGGAAAGGCUAGGCCAGGACCUCUGAGCUUCCUCCUCACUGCUGGCCUUGGCACCCCCCCCCCCCCCCCCCCCACCCCCCCCCCCCCCCC